AUGAAAAAUUCCUAAUAAUUCCUGAUGGUUGUUAAAUGGAGUGCCCAAUUGGCCACAGUUACGAUGAAGAUUACAUCUGUUAUUAAAAUAAUAGUAAUUUUUUCUAUAUUUUAAGGAUUAUUGUAGAUUGCAAUAUCAUCUAAUAUUUAGACACAAAUAUCAUUAAUUGAAUAUAAUAUUAUUUAACUACUAUAAUCUGCUAUCUCAAUAAGAAUUUUAGUUACCAUAAAAUUCAUAACAAAUUAAAAUAUUUAUAUAUAUUUUAAUGAGAGAUAAAUAUUAACAAUCUACAUCAAUUAAUUUAUUUAUAUAGAUCCUAAUACAAAAGUUGCUCUUAUUUUUUAAGGGACUGAUAAAAUUAGAAUUGAAUUAAAUUCUAAAAUUGAUUCGACCAAUUUAAUUAUUAAAUUUAAGAACUCAGAAGCGAGUUCAUCUAUCUAAAUUGGAGAUUUUUAAAUAGAAUAGGAAUUAUGUGUUGAAUUUUGUUAAAUUUGUAAAAGCUACAAUUAAUGUCAAAAUUGUGACACUUAAAAGAAACUAUAUAAUGGCUUAUGUGUUGAUAAAUGUCCUGAAUCCACUAAUGAAGUAUAAAAUAGUUGUUUUGAAUUGGAUGAAAAAUUAGAUGAUUAGGAACAUCUAUUUUGGAAAAUAUUGGUUAGAGAAUUUUUCGACAUUUCAACAACAAAAGAACAAAUUGAUAAUUUAUUUACUCUUGAGAAUAAUCUUAACAAUAAUUUAAAUUUUCAAAAAGGUUAAGGUAUUUACUUUUCAUACAUUCCUGAUAAAAGAAUAUUUGGGGGACCAUUUGUUUGGGUAAAUGCAUAAUUUAAAUUUUCCCUUAAAUUAACUGAAUAAGAAUAAGUUCUAAAAUUGAGUUUUGAAGUCUUCUUAGGAAGUAAGUAAAAUAAAUAAAAUUCAUUACACUUUACUGUUAAUAAUAAUAACAAUGUAUAAACAUUAUUAUUAUCAAACAAUUAAAAUGUCUUAGAAGACCAUAGUUGGGAUGACAAUUAUAAGACAUAAAAAUUUGUUGUAACUUAAAUGGUUUAUUAUCAAUCAAGUAGGUAAAAUGAAUUAAACAUACUAUUUCAUUGUGAUAGUGAUGACAAUCAAGCUUUUUGUGGAAUUCAAAACUUUAAAGUGAUAUCAAUUUAAUGCUAGAAAGGCUUUUUAUUUGAUUAAUAUAAUUAUUACUUGAAAUAAAACCCUUGCAUUCCUAUUUGUGGUGAUAAUCUUGUGGUAGGUAAUGAGGAAUGUGAUGAUGGAAAUCUAGAGCCAUUUGAUGGAUGUUAUUUAUGCAUGUUUUAAUGUGAAGAGAAUUGUAGUUUUUGUAUUUAUGGGGAAUGUUUAUUUACAUUAAAAUCAAUAAUCUAUAAAUUUGAUAUUAUUGAUCUUCCACCAUCUCAAAAUUAGGAAGUUUUAUGCUAAUUAUCAUGUCAAAUUUGUAUUAGUAAUAUGUGUAUCUAAUGCAGUUAAGGUUUCUAUUUAAAUUUAAUAACUAAUUAAUGUGAAACCAUAUGUGGUGAUUCUAUUGUUGGAGGGAAGGAAGAGUGCGAUGAUGGUAAUUUAGAUAAUUAUGAUGGAUGUUCAUACUGCUAAUUAGUUAAAUUUAAUAAAUGUGAUUAUGAUGUAGAUAAUUCUAAAUAAAAGUGUGCAGUAUGUCAUUUUGGCAUUUGUAUUUAAUGUAAUUAAGGAUAUUACAAAGAGGAUGAUAAUUGUUAUUCAUAUUGUGGUGAUGGACUAGUAAAUGAAUAAACAGAAGAAUGUGAUAAUUAUAAUGAAAUAGGAUGCGUGAAUUGUAAAGUAGCAGAUGGAUAUAUUUGUGUUAAAUUAGGUUUAUCUCCUUGCUUAACUUGNCAUCAUCAUAUGAUAAUGAAGCAUAUCUUUUAAGAAAUGUGUAAAUUUUUUAUAAUAGAUGCUAUAAAACUUGUAAAACAUGCUCUAAUUCAGAAAAGAAUGGCUGUAUCGAUUGCUAUAAUGGAAUGAUCAGUAAUUCAAACAUCUGUGAUUCAUGUAAUAGACUAAGUAAUGAAAAAUUCCUAAUAAUUCCUGAUGGUUGUUAAAUGGAGUGCCCAAUUGGCCACAGUUACGAUGAAGAUUACAUCUGUUAUUAAAAUAAUAGUAAUUUUUUCUAUAUUUUAAGGAUUAUUGUAGAUUGCAAUAUCAUCUAAUAUUUAGACACAAAUAUCAUUAAUUGAAUAUAAUAUUAUUUAACUACUAUAAUCUGCUAUCUCAAUAAGAAUUUUAGUUACCAUAAAAUUCAUAACAAAUUAAAAUAUUUAUAUAUAUUUUAAUGAGAGAUAAAUAUUAACAAUCUACAUCAAUUAAUUUAUUUAUAUAGAUCCUAAUACAAAAGUUGCUCUUAUUUUUUAAGGGACUGAUAAAAUUAGAAUUGAAUUAAAUUCUAAAAUUGAUUCGACCAAUUUAAUUAUUAAAUUUAAGAACUCAGAAGCGAGUUCAUCUAUCUAAAUUGGAGAUUUUUAAAUAGAAUAGGAAUUAUGUGUUGAAUUUUGUUAAAUUUGUAAAAGCUACAAUUAAUGUCAAAAUUGUGACACUUAAAAGAAACUAUAUAAUGGCUUAUGUGUUGAUAAAUGUCCUGAAUCCACUAAUGAAGUAUAAAAUAGUUGUUUUGAAUUGGAUGAAAAAUUAGAUGAUUAGGAACAUCUAUUUUGGAAAAUAUUGGUUAGAGAAUUUUUCGACAUUUCAACAACAAAAGAACAAAUUGAUAAUUUAUUUACUCUUGAGAAUAAUCUUAACAAUAAUUUAAAUUUUCAAAAAGGUUAAGGUAUUUACUUUUCAUACAUUCCUGAUAAAAGAAUAUUUGGGGGACCAUUUGUUUGGGUAAAUGCAUAAUUUAAAUUUUCCCUUAAAUUAACUGAAUAAGAAUAAGUUCUAAAAUUGAGUUUUGAAGUCUUCUUAGGAAGUAAGUAAAAUAAAUAAAAUUCAUUACACUUUACUGUUAAUAAUAAUAACAAUGUAUAAACAUUAUUAUUAUCAAACAAUUAAAAUGUCUUAGAAGACCAUAGUUGGGAUGACAAUUAUAAGACAUAAAAAUUUGUUGUAACUUAAAUGGUUUAUUAUCAAUCAAGUAGGUAAAAUGAAUUAAACAUACUAUUUCAUUGUGAUAGUGAUGACAAUCAAGCUUUUUGUGGAAUUCAAAACUUUAAAGUGAUAUCAAUUUAAUGCUAGAAAGGCUUUUUAUUUGAUUAAUAUAAUUAUUACUUGAAAUAAAACCCUUGCAUUCCUAUUUGUGGUGAUAAUCUUGUGGUAGGUAAUGAGGAAUGUGAUGAUGGAAAUCUAGAGCCAUUUGAUGGAUGUUAUUUAUGCAUGUUUUAAUGUGAAGAGAAUUGUAGUUUUUGUAUUUAUGGGGAAUGUUUAUUUACAUUAAAAUCAAUAAUCUAUAAAUUUGAUAUUAUUGAUCUUCCACCAUCUCAAAAUUAGGAAGUUUUAUGCUAAUUAUCAUGUCAAAUUUGUAUUAGUAAUAUGUGUAUCUAAUGCAGUUAAGGUUUCUAUUUAAAUUUAAUAACUAAUUAAUGUGAAACCAUAUGUGGUGAUUCUAUUGUUGGAGGGAAGGAAGAGUGCGAUGAUGGUAAUUUAGAUAAUUAUGAUGGAUGUUCAUACUGCUAAUUAGUUAAAUUUAAUAAAUGUGAUUAUGAUGUAGAUAAUUCUAAAUAAAAGUGUGCAGUAUGUCAUUUUGGCAUUUGUAUUUAAUGUAAUUAAGGAUAUUACAAAGAGGAUGAUAAUUGUUAUUCAUAUUGUGGUGAUGGACUAGUAAAUGAAUAAACAGAAGAAUGUGAUAAUUAUAAUGAAAUAGGAUGCGUGAAUUGUAAAGUAGCAGAUGGAUAUAUUUGUGUUAAAUUAGGUUUAUCUCCUUGCUUAACUUGUGGCAGCAAUUGUAUUGAAUGUUAACGAAUAAAUUAGGAUAAACUUUAAUGUUUAAGUUGUUUAGAUGGAUAUUAUCCAUUCAAUGAUGAAUGUCUUAUAUGUGAUUCUUAUUGUAUUACUUGCAAAGAUCAACCAAAUCUAUGUACUUCUUGUUACAGAAAUGAUUGUGAAUUAUGCGAAAGAUUUCCUGGUCUUUAUACUGACAUUUAACUAAAGAAGUGCAUUUCAAAAUGUGGAGAUGGAAUAUUAAUCAAAGAAUCUGAGGCUUGUGAUGAUGGAAAUUAAAAUAAUAAUGAUGGAUGUAAUUCAGAAUGUAGUAUUGAAUACUCAAAAGAAAUGAUAAAUUCUCAAAAAAGAUGGGAAUAUAAAGGUAAGAAUUCUUAUUAAGUUUACUUAUAGAAUUUGGAUCUCAAUUUAAAUUGUCAAUCGGCAAAUAUAACAAUUGA